GUUUGACCUCACAAGCGUUACUUGGACAAUAUAUGCACUCACAUUUUUCAUAUUUUAUUUUCAUUUUCAUUUCGUUUUCACGUUCAUCUUUUUUUAAUCUCUUACAAAUCCUAAGUUCCAAGAUUUUCUCGGGAAAAUUUUGCCGAGAAAAUCCGAGUUGUGAAUGAAAAGCAACGACUUCCAGGUGAAAGCAUCGGUUUUUUUUUCGGAUUUAGAGAAGCGGAGAUGAGAGGUGCGAAUGGAGAUUCGAGAGCUUUGAACAACGCUUUGGAGACUAUAAGCGCUGCUGCUACUGCGAUCGCGUCGGCUGAGAAUCGUGCUCCACAAGCCACAGUUCAGAAGAGAAGAUGGGGUAGCUGCUGGAGCGUAUAUUGGUGUUUUGGAUCUCUCAAACAGAGAAAGCGAAUUGGGCCUGCUGUCCUUGUUCCUGAAACAACACCCCCUGGAACUAAUGUUUCUGCAUCUGAAAAUCCAACCCAAGUAUCUGCAGUAUUACUUCCCUUUGUUGCACCUCCCUCCUCACCUGCAUCUUUCCUUCAAUCAGAACCUCCUUCUGCUAUGCAAUCCCCAGCGGGUUUAUUGUCCCUCACCUCUAUUUCCGCCAGUAUGUACUCCCCAGGGCCUGCCUCAAUUUUUGCGAUAGGCCCUUAUGCGCACGAAACCCAGCUAGUCUCACCGCCUGUUUUCUCAACUUUCACCACCGAACCAUCGACUGCUCCUUUCACUCCACCUGCCGAGUCUGUUCACUUGACUACACCUUCCUCACCUGAGGUGCCAUUUGCUGAGCUGCUUGACCCCAACCACCGGAAUGGUGAAGCUGCUCAGAAAUUCCCAUUCUCCCACUAUGAAUUCCAGUCUUAUCAACUUCACCCUGGGAGCCCAGUUGGUCAGCUAAUAUCCCCAAGCUCUGGCAUCUCAGGUUCAGGCACCUCAUCUCCUUUCCCUGACCAUGAAUUUGCUGCUGGUGGUCACCACUUCCUUGAGUUUCGAACAGGUGACCCUCCCAAGCUCUUGAACCUUUAUAAGCUGUCCCCCCGCGAAUAUCGAUCGCGUCAAGGUUCUGGUUCAUUGACACCAGAUGCUGUGAAGCCCACGACUCGUGAUUGUUUUAUUCUCAAUGGUCAGAUGUACGAAGUUGGAUUACAUUCACAUCCAGACAAUGGAAGGCAGUCUGGAAGGCGGGAUGACGAGAUUGCUGUCAACCGUAGAGUCUCGUUUGAGAUAACUGCUGAAGAUGUAAGAUGUGUUGAAAAGAAGCCAUUGCCAUUGGCUGAAGCCGUAUCAGUGUCACUAAAAGAUGCUGCAACUGCUGAAAUUCAAAAUCCCACAAAAGUCAUGGAUUGUAAUGAGUGCCGUGUUGGCGAAACAUCCAGUGAUGCACCGGAGAAAGCUCCAGAGGAUAGGGAGGAGGCAGAGCGCCAUCAGAAGCAUCGGUCCAUCACUCUUGGUUCGGCUAAAGAAUUCAAUUUUGACAAUACAGAUGGAGGAGACUCUUGUAACUGGUGGGCAAAUGAGAAGGUUCUUGGGAAGGAGAGUGGGCCGACCAAGAAUUGGUCUUUCUUCCCUAUGAUACAGCCAGGUGUCAGCUAGCUAGUAUACCAUCUCACUUGAUGCCUCCAGUAUCAUGGAGAAUCGCAGGAAUUUGCAGCAACCCAACCCCAGAAUGCUGAAUCUAAUCGUAGAGAAAGUUAUAGGUUUAAUUGGAAGGUCUAUUACAUGACUGACACAGGUAUGGAGGUUUUUUUGGAAUCCCUGGCAUAAAGAUGGCAGACAAAAAUUCAGAGCUGCCUUUAGAUGUCUAUGCCAUUUACCCUUUUUCAUAUGUAAUAUAAAUGACAACAGAACAGUGAUAGAGUAAUAGCAUAAUACAUAAACAGUGCUGUUAAUGAUGAAAUUUGAUUUCUUAUACGAAAUCUACUACGAAGUUUCUGUUU